AUGGCGCCCAAACCUAAAUUUCAAUUUGCCUUUGAAGAGGUUGUAGUAUCUGAUGAUGAAGACGAUCAAGAGGAUCAAGAAAAAGAAUUGUCAGAAAAUGAGUUUGAAAAUUUUAUUCAGCAAAGUAUUUCAUUCCCAGAAGAGGAUGUUGCUAUUACACCUCCGAUUGUGACUGUGAGGGAAAGUGAUACAUUGGUGCAAUCUUCCCCACCUACCCCUGAACAUAUGGAUGCUCAUAUUGUUGAACUUCAUCGAACUGAAAGGAAGCCUCCCAAAACAGUUCAUGUUGAUACUAAACCUCCAUCUGGAAGUGAUCUAGAAGACUCCGCCCACGCCUUACUCCUAAGGAAGCGUAAAAGUAGAGAUCCAAGGUCGGGAGUGCUUAUCACAGACCAAGUUCAAAAGGAACCUACACCGAUUGAGCCUAGGUCUAUGAAUCAAAGCAUUCAAAGCCCGUUCACUGAAUCCAUUUCUAUGGAUCAGGAUUUUCAAAGGCCUAUUAUUGAAGAAGAAGUCAUACCUACACAAGGAGAUCAAGCUUUAAGAAGCUCAUUUGAAUCACUAGAGCUAGACAUCUCAAAAGGCAAAAGCAAGUUGCCUGAAUUUGAAUUGGUUGAUGUAGUUCUGCUUCAGAACAUACUCUUUGAUUUGGAACAAAGCUCUGCUGAAAUGGAUUUGAUAAUUGGAAAGCAUGAUACUAGAAUCAGCGAGCUUGAAAAAGAGAACUCGAUUAAGAUUCAAAGAUCUCAUAACUUCAAGCAAAUCUAG